AUGUCCAGUAAUAAAAUAUCGGAGUAUUUAACUUACAGAGAAGUUGUUAAAAAAUUGCUAUUACUAACAGGGGUAUGGCCAGUGGAAAAGCCUAGUGUGAUUUAUCGAUCAUUACCAUAUAUACAAAUAGUUGUGGGGUUUAGUAUGGCUUAUGUAAUAUUUGGAUUUGUUCGAGCACAUUCAGACAAUAUUAACUUAAUGACGAGAGGGCUGAGUAUAAUAACUGCUUUUUUGACUAUUGUCCUGAAGAUGACAUGUCUGAUCAUUUAUCGAAGAGAAAUAUAUGAUCUCCACGAGCUUUUAGAUGUAUAUUUUAAAAACUUACUUCAAGACCUAAAUGUCAUAAAAACAGUACUAAGCAAUGUGACAACUUUUCGUCGAUUAACAAUAGUAUUCAUUAUUCUAGUAGUUUACUCUUGUGGAUGUUGGGUUUUUCUUCCCUUAUACCAUAAUUAUCAACAAUAUUCUCGUCACAUUCAACCAACUAAAUACGCACUAAUAUAUCCUACUAACUAUCCAUGGAACAUUCCAACAAGUGGAUAUAUUUUUCAUUUGCAUUUUAUUUUUGAAACUAUUGCAUCUACCAUUCUAUGUUUAAUCACUACGAGUGUAGAUUCGCUUUUUGCUUUCUACGCAUUCCAAAUAAUUGGUCAACUCCGUGAAAUUUCUCACUAUAUAUCACUUGUUGAUGAAAAUAACAACGAUAAAAGCAUCAUACGCAAAUGCGUAAUCCAGUACCAGAAUUUGAUGAAAUGUCGAGAUAUGAUUGAAAAAAUGUAUGGGCCAAUGAUUUUAUGGAUUAUGAUUACCAAUGCAGUCAUAUUGUGUACUGUGAUGUUCCAAAUUACACAUAUGAAAUCUAUAUCAAAAGGGAGAAUUGGAUUAUUAUUUACAUGGAUUUCUCUGAAAACUCUUCAAACCUUCAUAUAUUCUUGGAGUGGAUCUCAGUUGACAGUUGAGAGUGAAAAUUAUAGCACCGCCGUGUAUUGUUCCAAAUGGUAUGGGAAUAAAAGUUUCAUGAGUUCCGUUAUCAUCAUGCUCACGCAAAGGCCACUAGUUUUGACAGCCUGUAAUUUUUCAGUCGUUUCGCUUGAUAUGUUUGUCACGAUCUUGAACACAACUAUGUCAUACUUUUUUCUACUUCAAGCAUUAGAAACCGAAGUAUAA